AUGCAACGCUGUUUGAUAUAUGAGAAGACGAUGGCAGCCGAGACCAAGAACGGCGGGAGUUCGCUGAACAACAAUAACUGCAAAGACCACAGCCGGAGAAAGUUGCUGGUCGGAGUGGAUCUGUUCUGCCUGUUUUUAGUGGUGCUGGUUGGCGUGUUUUUGCACAAAUCUCCCUUCCCGCCAUACCAGAGAGGAUUCUUCUGCAAUGACAACAGCAUCAGACUGCCCUUUAAGAACAGCACAGUGUCCACCGCCGUGCUCACAGCUGUGGGCGUCACUGUGCCCGUGGUCUCAGUAAGUCCCGGUGUGGUAGCGCAAGAAAGCGAGGGGGGGGACGCAUGUUGGAGGGUGCUCGCCGGCCUGCCUUUCUUGGUCAUUGAGACCAGCGCUGUUCAGCCCUACCGCAGGGGUUUUUACUGCCAUGAUGAAUCCAUCAAGUACCCGGCAAAAAACGGUGACACCAUUAGCGAUGGUGUGCUCAGCGCGGCCGGCAUUCUAAUCACCAUCCUCUCUAUCAUUAUCGGGGAGAGCUACAGGAUCUACUUUCUGAACGAGGGGUCCAAGUCUUUCGUGGGGAACCCCUACAUCUCCGCCCUCUACAAGCAAGUGGGGGUGUUCAUCUUCGGCUGCGCCAUCAGCCAGUCCUUCACCGACAUCGCCAAGGUCUCGGUGGGCCGCAUGCGCCCCCACUUCCUGGACGUGUGCAAGCCCGACUUCUCCACCAUCAACUGCUCGCUGGGCUACAUCACCGACUACGUGUGCCAAGGGCCCGACAGCAAAGUCCAGGAGGCCAGGAAGUCAUUUUUCUCCGGGCAUGCGUCAUUCUCCAUGUACACCAUGCUCUACUUGGUGGUGAGUAACCGAGCAUUUCCUUCAUUCGUUCUGUUCCUCUCCGAAGGGGUUCUGACCGUGUCCACCCCUAAAAUUUGCGUCUUUUCCAAGUUUUACCUGCAGUCCCGCUUCACCUGGCACGGGGCUCGCCUGCUGCGCCCAUUGACCCAGUUCACCCUGAUCAUGAUGUCCUUCUACACCGGCUUGUCUCGGGUCUCCGACCACAAGCAUCACCCCACCGAUGUACUGGCUGGUUUCAUCCAGGGAGCCCUGGUGGCCUACUGCAUUGUUUUCUUUGUGUCGGACCUGUUCAAGCCCAAAGGACGGCGUUCCAACCUGUCCCCCCCGACGGUGAAGAGAGACCUCGGCCCUGCGGCGGACAUUAGAGAACGGAGCAAUCAUCUCAUCAUGGCGUAG